AUGCCCUUCGGUGACCAUGAUGUGUCGCCAGCAUCCGAGAUGCCAGAUCCAAAUCAACUGUACUUGAACAGUGCCAUAUGGUACUUUGGGUACGGCUCCAACAUCCGCUCAGCCUCCAUGACAAAGCGGGAAAUAACGCCAUUACAAGCUCAAGCGGUCGUGGUACCAUCGUACAUUCUGACGUUCGACAUAUUCGGAAUCCCUUGUGCAGAACCUGCGUUCGCUAGCAUAGCAACCUACCAGGAUAUUGAAGAAACGCAACAACAUACACAGGUACCGCCGGUUCACGGAGUGGCGUACCUGCUGACUAGGGAUGACUACCGUCGCCUGGUGCUGAGCGAAGGGUCUGGAGUAGGCUACGACGAAAUCCAGGUUGAAGCUUUUCCGAUCGCCAAUACAGACUAUACGCCUGGAAAAGGGAUCAUGGUGCACACGCUCAAAGCCAAAUAUCCGUUCAGACCUAACCGUGCGCCCAGUGUACGAUACAUGUCACUUCUGAUAGAAGGAGCUACAGAGAACGGCCUGCCCGAGUCAUACAUCCAGUAUCUCAAGUCGCUGCCGACUUUUUCGGCCGGACAAAGCACAUGGGCAUCCCUAGGGUCCUCGCUUUUCCUGGGUUUCUUUGCCCGGGCCGUUCGAGUGUUGGCAUAUUCUACCAAGCUCGUUGUCAACGAAAAGGGCCACUGUCCUCGGCUACUUGGCACGGUCAUUGUUUGGUUUUACUGGGGCAUGUGGACCUGGCACGACUACGUUCAUGCAAGACUGUGGGGCAGGGGAGACGGAGGGAUAAUCCACUACGGCGGCCUACGACUAUCUUAG